ACAAUUGACAAGUGUUUGGUAAAAAACAAAAAUUCCUAAGGUGUUGCUAAUAAGGAGGAACACCACAUUUUUACAGUUUUUUUGAUGAAUAAUAAUCGAAUUAUUUUUCACUCGAAAUGAACAGUACGAACAUUUUUCUCACGAAACCAGCGUUACUGUUAUCCAGUUAUCACAUAUUAGGGUCAUUAUGCAAAAGACUCAGCAGUACUAGUAAUAUAUCGGAAGAGAUCAUCCGACAAAACAAUUUAUUCGACAUUGAGCACAAAAAGCAGAAAGAAGCGAUAGGACGUAUUGAAAAAAUUGAAGUUAAUUAUGAGGGCCCCUCUGAAACUGCGACUUUAGUCAUGAAUAAACACAUUUCAACGCCUUAUGAUUGCGCAAGACAUCUUGGUGAAAAAAUAGCAGAACAAUCAGCUGUGGCAUUGCUAAAUAAUGAUACUCUUUGGCAUAUGCAUAAGCCUUUGCCUGACUCGUGCAAAUUGCGAUUUUUGCACUACAAGGUUGCCCAACCAGCGUCAGUUAAUAAAAUUUUCUGGCGUACUUGUAGUUUUAUACUGGGGGCUGUAGCCAGUAAUAGUUUUAAAGAUAACCUAAAAGUGCAGUUGCACAGCUUUCCUAGCCCCAAUGUGAAAUCUGGAAGUUUUGUUUAUGAUGUACAACUGCCUCUAGACAACUGGCAACCGACACAGAACGAACUCAAAGUUUUAUCAAUUGAAAUGAUUAAAUUUUGCCAACAAAAUCAUCCCAUUCAUUGCAUGGAUGUCUCCCAGGAACUCGCUCUAGAUUUGUUCAGGAAUAACACUCACAAAUAUCAACAAAUUCCAAAUAUUGCUGCCAAUCAUAACGGAAAAGUGACACUGUUCAGAGCAGGGCAUCAUAUCGACAUUUCAAGGGGGCCCAUGGUAGCAAACACCAGUCAUUUCGGACGCAUCACUGUGGCUAAUGUUAUUAAACUGGACACUGACAUACCAGGGGGGCCCAUUUAUAGGUUUCAAGGGGUCGCAUUACCUAGAUCUAUUGUUAUGAAUCAUUUUGCGUAUAGUUUGCUCGAGGAAAGAGCGCGACAAUUGAAUCCUGCACGAAUUCCAGGAACUGUUGAGAAUUUUGAUGAGGAUAAUAGUUUCGUAGCUCACGUUACCGCCUAAUAAGAUAUUUUUAAAUAAAUAAUGCUGUAAUAAGGAG